CUAGCCAGAACUUUCAAUACUUUAAAAUAUUCAAUACUGUUCCAUUUCGAUCGUUCUCUCCCAUUACAUUUCAUGCUGUUUUAUAUUUAUUGUAAGUUUGCGUUAUAAUUUCUUAAUAGAAAGAAACACAUCGUGGCGAAUUAUCGCAGUUUCACCCAAAGCAACAAUCGCACGAGGGUACCGUUUUGAACGCAUCAACUGUCAAAGCUGUGUGUGGUGUGUAUGUUGCUCGAACGCCGACAUCAUAGAUCAUAGCAGCCAGCGGUGCAAACGCAUUUUCACGCGGAGACGCGCACGUUUUACUUGACUAGAUAUAGUUCCGGUGUAGUUUCAUUGCCAAAGAGCAACAUCAGAGCUUCCACCGGUCGUGCCCUUGGUAAACCUGUUCCUCGGCCCUGUGAAAAGCAUCCCAUACCUUGCGCUUGACAAACGCAACGCAGAAAAGACAACAGCAUCAACCGCCAAUCUCAAUCAAAAAUUCCAGAACUCCCCCCCAAAAAAAAACACACCACACCAUGAGCGAAAGUACAUCGACCGCAACGACAUCGGCUUCGAGCAGCGCUGAGGAUAAUGCACGGAAGGUACAACAGUACAAAGAUAACCUCAUCAAUCGCGCCGAAACACUCAUCGUAAAAGAAUUCCCAGAGCGCAUCGUGCGCUUGAAUUCCCUGCUUGAGACACCGCAGUUCUCUGAACGUUGCUUCACGGAUGUUUAUCAGGAACUGAACAUUCCAGUCCCGGAACCAAUAGUAUUGGACGGAGAAGGUCACGUGAAGCGUCCCCGCCUCAACUCAAACGCACCCACCUCACCGGUCGAUGGUAACGGCACGAAGGUGCACGCCCUACCGUCCGGCCGGGUCGAGUGUAAUAAACCGAUCAGCGAGCUUGUUUGCAUCGUAAAGCCAAUCAUCCGCUCCCUGGUGGAGGACUCCAAUCUGCUGAAGAUGUGGAUUUCCUUCAUGAUACCGAAGAUCGAGGACGGUAACAACUUUGGCGUAUCGAUCCAGGAGGAUACGCUGGCAGAGAUACAAUCGGUCGAAACGGAGGCGGCCGCAUUCUUUGACCAAAUAUCACGAUACUUUGUGUCGCGCGCCAAAGUCGUCUCGAAGGUCGCCAAAUAUCCGCACAUCGACGAUUAUCGGCGUGCGGUUGCCGAGCUGGACGAGAAGGAAUUUCUCAGCCUGUGGUUGGUGCUGAGCGAGAUCCGGAAUCGAUACUGUUCGCUGCACGAUAUCGUCAUCAAGAACAUGGAGAAAUUGAAAAAACCGCGCUCCUCCAAUGCGGACAGCUUGUACUAAGGACAGAGUGGAUCAAAACAAAAAAGUAUCAUCCUAUUGCGUUAGCUGUAUGUAACAGUUGGGUAUAUCCGUUACACAUGCGUUACCCACUGGUGCAGCUGUACAUUUAUGUUUUGUUUGCCGUUUUACUUUACAUCCUUAAUUUGGUACGGCAAACCCACAACUGCUAGGAUCGCUUACGGACGUACUCAGUACGUGAAAUUCAUCAAUUACUCCCUCUUGCAUCGUAUCCACUAAAACCGCUAGUAACGUUACGUUACAUCAAAAAGUGUACAUCGUGCCCAGUUAAAACCCAGUUAUCAAAUUUGUUUGCCUUCACUCAUCGAACUUUGUUCGACGUACUACGCCGAACUUAUCUCACCGUAUGAAGGAGCGGUGUUAACGGCUCGUUUAUAUUUCCAUCUCAUAGCGGUGAGUAGGGCCGGUGUAGCACAAGGUCGCAAGGAACGAGUUCAUUAUGCGUAAGCAAACAGUAUGACAGCAUCCGCACAAAAAAGUGUAAUUGAUACCGGAAAAAUUGCAAUCUCGGCAAUCGGCAUCUAAAACAAAAAAACAACCCGCUAAUACGGGUCCAGUUACGGAUCAGGUGUUAUACAUUGAUGAGUAUGUUUGCUCUUUCUUUUCUUUCUUCACACAUUGUACUGUAUUCUUAUAAUGCUAUCCAGGGUAGUUAACGGCCCCGGGAUACUAAACAAAUAAAGACGCAAGUUUAGACGAAGCGAAAUCUUUAAA